AUGGAAAACACCACAUGGGUGACAGAACUGAUACUCACAGGGUUGACUGAUGAUCUACAGUUGCAACUCAUCCUCUUUGUGACAUUUUUUGCUGCUUAUGCCAUCAUCCUAGUGGGAAAUGUGAGCAUGAUUUUCUUAAUCAGGCUCAGUCCUCAACUCCACACACCAAUGUAUUUUUUCCUCACUCACUUAUCGUUCUUGAAUAUCUGCUGUUCAUCUUCUAUCACUCCAAAGUUCCUAUGCCAUCUGUUAACAGAGAAGAAAGUUAUUUCCCUUGCAGGUUGUUUUACUCAACUUUACUUUUAUGCCCUAUUUUCCACUGCAGAGUGUUUCCUCCUAGCUAUCAUGGCCUAUGACCGCUAUGUGGCCAUCUGUCACCCUCUACUCUACUUGGUCACCGUGUCCCAAAUAAAAUGUGUCCAACUAGUAGUCGUUUCCUACAUUACUGGGUUUGUACAUGGUUUAGUGCAUAUCAUUCCUGCAUUUCAGUUAUUCUUCUGUGGACCAAACAUCAUUAAGAAUUUUUUGUGUGAGGGUCCUGCACUACUACAACUUGCCUGUUCAGAUACUUAUAUCCUGAUCACCAUUUUAAAGAGAAACAGAACACAGGUGACAGAAUUCAUACUCACUGGAUUGACUGAUGAUCCACACUUGCAACUCAUCCUCUUUAUGAUAUUUUUUACUCUUUAUGCUAUUACCCUGUUAGGGAAUGUGGGCAUGAUUGUCUUAAUCUGGAUCAGUCCUCAACUCCACACACCAAUGUACUUUUUCCUCAGUCAUGUAUCAUUUGUGGAUAUCUGCUGUUCAUCAGCUAUCACCCCAAACUUCCUAUGCCAUCUUGUAAAAGAGAAAAAGGUUAUUUCUUUUGCAGGUUGUUUUACUCAACUUUACUUUUAUGGUGUAUUUUCCACUGCAGAGUAUUUCCUCCUAGCUAUCAUGGCCUAUGACCGCUAUGUGGCCAUCUGUCACCCUCUACUUUACUUGGUCACCAUGUCCCAAAUAAAAUGUGUCCAACUAGUAGUCGUUUCCUACAUUACUGGGGUUGUACAUGGUUUACUUCAUAUCAUUCCUGCAUCUCAGUUGUUCUUUUGUGGACCAAACAUCAUUAAGAAUUUUGUCUGUGAGGGUCCUGCACUAUUACAACUUGCCUGUUCAGAUAUCAGUUUAAAUAAUCUGUUGAAAUUUAUAUUUAUUGGCUUCACUUUAAUAACAACAAUGCUCAUUGUUCUCACAUCCUACAUUUGUAUCCUGAUUACUAUUUUAAAGAUGCACUCUGCCAAAUCUCGGAAGAAAGCCUUCUCCACUUGUACAUCUCACCUCAUGGUCAUCACCAUUUUCUACGGCUGUCUCAGCUUUAUGUAUGUACGGCCAAGCUCUAGACAGAAUUAUCACCUAGACCAAAUGGCCUCUGUGUUCUAUGUAGUGGUGACCCCCAUGCUCAACCCAUUAAUCUACAGCAUGAGAAACCAGGAGGUAAGGCGUGCUUUCAGAAAUAUUCUAGAAAGGAAAUUUCAUGUUCUGCAGCUUUAA